AUGGCGAAAAGGAAGAGAGAUCCUCAGAACAAUUACGAAGAGCAGAAACAAAUACAGGGAAACCCAAUCGAAGAGCCACCAGAGGAAGCAGAGGAUAAGCCCGUCGUCGCAGACGGGGAGGAACCGAAUGAAGAAGAGCAGAGCUUCGAAGAAUUGGGUUUGGAUUCUCGCCUCAUUCGCGCCCUAUCGAAGAAAUCAAUUGAAAAACCAACUCCGAUUCAGCUUGUCGCCAUUCCCCUUAUCCUCGAAGGCAAAGACGUCGUGGCCCGUGCGAAAACCGGCUCUGGGAAAACAUUAGCUUAUCUGCUUCCACUGCUUCAAAAGCUUUUCGCUGAGUCGCCUUCGAAAAAGAAUCUUGCCCCUGCAGCUUUUAUUCUUGUUCCCACUCGAGAGUUAUGCCAGCAAGUUUACUCAGAGGUUAUGUCGCUAAUAGAAUUAUGCAGAGUGCCAUUGAAAGCAAUCCAGUUGAAGAGUAUGAUGUCCACUUCUGAUUUGAGAACAUCAUUGGCAGGGCUUCCUGACAUCGUUGUGUCAACUCCUGCAUGUGUACAAACAUGCUUGAAAAAUGGCAUCCUCAACUCUAAAGCUCUUCAAGAAUCCCUUUCGGUUCUAAUCCUUGAUGAGGCAGAUCUUCUCUUGUCGUAUGGAUAUGAGGAUGAUCUGAAGGCACUAACAGCUCAUGUUCCAAAGCGUUGCCAAUGCCUUCUCAUGUCUGCUACGUCAAGUGAUGAUGUUGAAAAGCUGAAAAAGCUUAUUCUGCACAAUCCGUACAUUUUAACCUUACCUGAAGUGGGAGAUGUAAAGGAUGACAUUAUCCCAAAAAACGUCCAGCAAUUUUAUAUUUCAUGCAGUGCCCGCGAUAAGCUUGUGCAUAUCCUUGCUUUGUUGAAGUUGGAGCUGGUUCAAAAGAAAGUGCUGAUUUUCUCUAAUUCAAUUGACAUGAGUUUUAGACUGAAAUUGUUCCUUGAACAGUUUGGAAUCAAAUCUGCAGUUUUAAAUGCUGAGUUACCUCAAAAUUCCCGUCUACACAUUCUCGAGGAAUUCAAUGCUGGUCUUUUUGAUUACCUAAUUGCAGCUGAUGACAGUCGAUCAGCAGAGGAGCAAAAUGACAAGGAAAGUCAUGCUCCUCCAAAAAGAUCUAGAAGACGUAAACAGAAGUUGGAUGCGGAAUUCGGUGUAGUUAGAGGAAUAGACUUUAAGAAUGUGCACACGGUGAUAAAUUUUGAUAUGCCUCAAACUGCUGCCGGGUAUGUGCAUCGGAUUGGACGUACUGGAAGGGCAUAUAGUACUGGUGCGUCUGUAUCCCUGGUAUCCCCUGAGGAGAUGGAGAUCUUCGAGGAGAUAAAAUCGCUUUUGGGUGAAAAUGGCGAGCAGGAUUCUAAAUUCAUUGCUCCUUUCCCUUUGCUUACUAAGAAUGCUGUCGAGUCCUUGCGAUACAGAGCCGAGGAUGUUGCAAGGAGUGUAACGAAAAUUGCGGUGAGGGAAUCACGUGCACAGGAUCUAAGAAAUGAGAUUCUCAAUUCUGAAAAGUUGAUGGCUCAUUUUCAAGAUAACCCUAAGGACUUAGAUCUAUUGAAACACGACAAAGUUUUGAGCAAAAAGGAACCAGCGCAUCACUUGCGUGAUGUGCCCGAUUACUUACUUGACCCGACAACACAAGAAGCUAGCAAGAUUGUGAAGCUAGCUCGCGCUGCAAUGGGAAAUGCAAAACCUAGCCGCCGGAAAGGGCUCAAAGGGAAAUCUAAUAAAAGCAGAGAUCCCCUUAGAACAUUUUCAGCUGAGGGACCAAAGCGGUCGCAUAGAGGUGGGAGUAAGAGAAAAGGCCCAAACAGGGACAAUGGUCAGUGA